UAUUGCAACACCCCAGAAGCCGGCUUUUACACGACGUCGACUCUAGUUGAUAUUCAACUCUACCCAGCGAGGCACAUCACAAACCACUACAGACUUAAGCUUCAGAUACGCGCGCAAUACCUCGUCGAACGAUGAGACUCAAAUAAAUGUAUCGUAUCUUCCCAAUUCGCAUAACACAAUUAUCACUGAUAGUAUUUAUUUAUGGAAACUAAACAUAGAAAUGUGAACUAAUUUAUUAAUUGCACAAAAAUUUCGCGCGGUUUUGCACGGCUUGUCGUCGAACGAUGUGUUCCACAUUGUCCACUAGAAAUUUGUGAUUUGUGCUGAAGUACCUUGUGAUAACCAUAAAUUAAAAACUAUGUAUAACCGUUUUUUUAAUUCGUUAGUGUUUAUGUUGCUUAUCAUCGAACUUGGAUCGUCGAUUCACCAGAAGUCAAGUAGUCACAACCAAUUAGAGAACCAAAGAAACGUCACGUACAGAUCUGCCAUGGAAGAUAUUUUCUCUGACAUAGAUGAUGAGAGUCACAGCAACCAUUCGCUAGAAGAGGAGGACCUGGACGACGUAUAUACCAAAUGGUCAACUUGGAGUAGAUGCACAGACUGCUUCCAGAGGAGAAUGAAAGAGUGCGUUAGUUAUGAUUGUGAGGGUAGCAGGGUAUACGAAGAAAGACCGUGUAAAAAAAGCCGAUGCAAGAGGAAAUCGAGGCAGAAGAAUGGGUUUCAUAUUGUUCAUUUAAACGAGGACAAUAGUUACUUAACCAAACAAGCCCCAUCCGAUAUAUGGAGCAAAUGGUCGAAAUGGUCGCCUUGUUCUCAGAACUGUAGGACAUACAGGAUACGAAAAUGCAAGAAACCAGGAAGAUGUAAUAAACAGAUACAGGACGAACAAGCUUAUUGUUAUCAAGACAGCACAAUGUGUCAGAUAUACGUACUUAAUUUAAUGGAAAGUGAUCGACAAAAUCAUUAUGACAAUGGAAGAUACCAGUACAAUAACAACAACCAAGACGUCCCCGUGAGGGAACCAAGAAGACACUUUCGUGCUAGAAGAUGUGGUGUUCCUAACAGGAGGACCAAAAUGUUAAAAAUAAUUGGCGGCAGUGAAGCCAAAAGGUAUAAGUGGCCCUGGCAUGUCGCUAUACUAAAUCAACAUAUGGAAGUAUUCUGUGGGGGCACCUUAAUCGCGCCCAGAUGGGUGCUAACCGCAAACCACUGUAUUAGAAAAUACCUUCGAGUAAGACUGAACGCUCAUGAUCUCCGAGCUAGGGAUGGCAGCGACAUAGAGAUGACCGUCUCGAAAAUGUUUCCCCAUCCUAAAUUCGACUACAAAACUGUAGAUAACGACAUUGCCCUUCUAAUGUUGCCUAGGCCUGUGAAGACCCAAGUUGCAUGCCUACCCAAAAAGAGACCGAAACCCGGACAACUCUGCUCCGUCAUGGGAUGGGGCAAAAUCAACACUGAUGACAUGUAUGGGGUGCCAGUCCUGCAUGAGGCUAAGCUUCCUGUGGUCCAUUCAAAAACCUGCAGGAAAUCCUAUCGAGAAUUUUUAAUAAGUGAUAACAUGUUAUGUGCUGGCUGGAUGUCUGGCAAAUCUGACACUUGUGCCGGAGACAGCGGUGGAGGCCUGAUGUGUCCUGCGAAAAGACUGUCGAGAACUGUUUACAGUGUACAAGGGAUCACCAGUUUUGGGGAUGGCUGUGGAAGGAGGAAUAAGUAUGGCAUUUACACAACAGUAUUUAACUAUAUACAAUGGAUUCAUUACAUUAUGGACCACUAUUCCUAAAAAACGCAGCUUCUGCUUUUGAUAUUAGCUCUCUUAUUUAUCAGUGAUAAAGUGAUAUGUUCUUAGAAAUCUUUGCAUUUUAUAUUGUAUUUAGUUUUGAUUAACUUUGUAUUCACUCUUGUUAAAGAAAGACCAGUUUAAGAAAAUGACAUCAUGCCUAGGAUAAUUUAGUGCAGUUUAGUAUAAUGAGUUUUAAGUCGUGUGACAAUAAACGUAUAGGUUCCUAGAAAAGUCUCUGUAAAUAUUUCACAUUUUUUAUUUAUAGGUAUACAUCGUCCAAUAAAUGGUAAAAAUUUA